AUGGAUAAUCAAUCCACUAUAUCUGAUUUUAUGCUUUUUGACUUCUCAGAGGUACAAGAACUGCAGAUGCUUUACUUCUUUGUUUUCAUUGUAUUAUAUUUGGCAAUUCUGACAGGGAAUCUCAUUAUCAUCUCUGCAAUACUUUUCGACCAACAUCUGCAUAUUCCCAUGUACUUCUUCCUGAUGAACUUGGCCAUACAAGACCUUGGUGCCAUUUCCGUCAUUGUUCCUAAAUCCAUGGCCAAUAUACUCAUGAGCACAAAACACAUUUCUUAUUUUGGAUGUGUUUUUCAAGUUUUCUUUGUUGCUUUUUUUAUGGGAUGUGAUUUUUGGAUCCUCACAGUCAUGGCAUAUGAUCGCUAUGUUGCCGUUUGCAAUCCAUUACUCUAUGAAAGAAUAAUGAACAAACAAACCUGCAUUUACAUGAUUCUUGCUGUAUGGGUCAGCAGCCUACUUAACGCAUUGUUGAACACCUGUUUUACCUUUGCAGCUCCUUUUUGUUCCAACACGAUCAAUCAGUUUUUCUGUGAAAUUCCACAGUUACUUAAACUCACCUGUACAGGCUUAAACCAACAUGAAAUUAAACUAAUUGUGGUCAUUUGUGUCUUAGGCACAGGUUGUUUUUUCUUUAUCCUGAUUUCUUAUGUGUCUAUCUUCACUACUGUGAUAAAAAUUCCCUCCAAGGAAGGAAGGAAAAAAGUCUUCUCCACUUGCUUGCCCCAUCUUACUGUUGUUUCCAUAUUCCUUAUAACUGCACUCAUUGCAUAUAUGAAGCCACCCUCCAGCAUACUGGAUUUAGCAACAACUGUACUGUAUUGCUUUAUCCCACCUCUAUUGAAUCCCAUCAUCUAUAGUAUGAGAAACAAGGACAUCAGGUUUGCCCUGUCAAAACUAUUAAAAGUGGGGAACUUUUUGUAG